AUGGGUGAAGUUACCGACAAGGUCGACAAGGUCGACAAAACCGACAAGGUCCACAAGAAGCGCAAGCUGCAAGAUGGCCCCGAACUGGAGAUCGAUGUGAAUGCGCCGGAGCCUGUAUCUAAGAAAGCUCUGCGCAAAGCCAAAAAGAUGAAGGACGCACCCGCUGCCGAUGAUGAACAGUCCAAGUCCGAAAAGCCUGAAUCCAAAGAGAUCGCUGAUUCGACCAAACGCUCCGACUACGGUAUCUGGAUCGGCAACUUGGCUUUCCAGACGACCAAGGACGACCUUCGCAACUUCUUCGUCAGCAAUUGCACGUUCACCGAUGCUACUGUUACCCGCAUCCAUCUUCCCAAGGGCCCAGAAAAAUUCGGAAAGUCCCAGAACCGGGGUUUCGCCUACGUGGACUUCUCGACUGAAAAGGCCUUGAAAGAGGCCAUGGGGCUGAGUGAACAGCUUUUGACUGGUCGCCGCGUGCUAAUUAAAAACGCAAAGAGCUUUGAAGGACGUCCCGAGAAGUCUCAAGAACAAAGCAACUCAGGCCCCGUGGCCAAGUCCGGCCAUCCUCCGUCUCGCCGAAUUUUCGUGGGCAACCUGAGCUUCGAUGUCACCAAGGAAGGUCUCGAGGAACAUUUCGCACCAUGCGGAACCGUGGAAAGUGUGCAUAUGGCGACAUUCCAGGACACAGGAAAAUGCAAGGGUUAUGCUUGGGUGGAGUUCGAUGAGAUUGCUCCCGCGGAAGCAGCGGUGAGAGGCUUCGUCUUGAUUAAGGAGGAUGACGAGGAUGAGGAAGAAUCCGAUAGUGACUCAGACUCAGAGUCUGAAAAGAAACAGAAGAAGAAGAAACAAAGGAAGCCCAGACAACGCCGAGUGUGGGUGAACAUGCUCAUGGGCCGCCGUCUGAGAAUGGAGUUUGCAGAGGAUGCGACAACACGGUACAAUAAGCGCUUUGGCAAGAACAAGCCUGAGUCCGAGAAUAACGAGACCAACGGCGAUUCCGAGGAUAAACCCUGGGCCAGAAAGCCCAAGCAACAGGUCAUUGACGAGACCCGGUAUUCCAAGGAGACCGUGCAAAAACUCAGCGGUGCCAUCGUUGAAUCCCAGGGCAAGAAAACCACGUUUGACUAA